AUGGAAGAUCCAGUGAAUAAGAAAGUCGUGCAUGAGCAGGACGUCGAAGAUGGACAGGUCGAUGAUUCGAGUAGUCUGGGUAAAGGCGACAUUCUGCAGCAAGAGCAUAUUCGCAGCGAUGAAAUCGGCUUCACUCCUUACCACACCAAACUCUUCAUCCUCAAUGGCUUCGGCUACGCCGUCGACAGCCUGCUCCUACUCAUCCAAUCCGUCAUCGCAGCGCAAGCCGCGCUCGAAUUCAAUCCCAGCUUCGCCAACGGCCUGACGAUUGCGACAUAUGUGGGCAUGCUCGUGGGCGCGCUGUUUUGGGGACUCACGGCGGACAUCAUGGGGCGAAAAGUCGCAUUCAAUGUCAGUUUGCUGAUUAGUAGUGUCUUUGCGAUUGUGGCGGGCGCGAGUCCCGGGUGGGAGGUUUUGGGGUUGUUCAUUCCAGGCGUCGGACAACUCAUCGCCGGAUUUUUCGCUUGGGCUUUCCUCCCAAACUUCUCCUGUCUCGAUCCCUCCGCCUUCCCUGAUGCAGCACCCUGCACUAAAGCCAACAACCAGGGAUGGCGCUAUGUGUGGUACGCCAGCGGCUCUCUCGUCUUCGUCAUGUCUCUUGCCCGCAUCACCGUCAUCCGGCUCAAAGAAACGCCCAAAUUCCUCGUCGGCGAGGGCAGAGAUGCCGAGUGUGUUGAAACUCUGCAAUACAUUGCGAACAAGUACAAUCGCCCCUGUAGUCUGACUGUAGAAAUGAUGGCUGCGUGUGGAGAAUUGCAAAUCACGCCUGGAAGCAAGUGGGCACUGGGAGGCAUAUGGGGCCAUAUCAAGGGCCUCUAUGCUACGAGACGCAUUGGUAUUUCGACGACUCUGAUUUGGCUCUCGUGGACGCUAAUCGGCCUGGCCUAUCCACUGUACAAUGUGUUCCUACCAGCAUAUUUGUCCUCGCGAGGCGCGGCGUUUGGUCAGCCAAGUCCAUACAUCACGUGGAGAAACUACACGCUCGUGAACUUCAGCGGUAUCUGGGGCCCUGUGCUGGCGGGAUGGAUGUGCGGGACUCGGCUGGGACGGAAAUACACGAUGGUUGUGGGUGCGCUGGUUACUAUGGCGUUCUUUUUCGCGUAUACGCAGGUGCGGACAGCGACGCAGAACGUGAGUAGAAGCUUCCGCUGGAGAGACAUGGGUAAAUUGCUAACACGCUGUGUAGGUUGCGUUCACUUGCAUUAUCAAUUUCUGCCUGAACAUUUACUACGGCACGCUGUAUGCGUACACGCCAGAGGUCUUGCCCUCGGCCCACAGAGGCACCGGAAACGGCAUUGCGAUUGGGUGGAAUCGUAUCAUGGGUAUUCUGAGUGCCGUCAUUGCGACGGUUGCAGAUGUGAGUAUCGAAUAUGCGCGAGCAGUGAUUUUGUUGCUAAUCAUUAA